GAUCCUGAGAAUGAAAUACAUCACUUUCAGAGGCCUCAGUAGCAGAAGAUUUAGACGAAAUACCUAGAAUGGAUGCUAGAUUUGCAGAAAUUAUUGUGCGCAAGUGGCAGGAUGUCAAAUCACAGGCUCUAGGACCAAAUCAUUUUUUUGGAAAAUUGUCAGAGGUCCUGGAUGGACAAAUGCUAAAAAUCUGGACAGAUCGAGCAGCAGAAAUUGCACAACAUGGCUGGUUCUGGAACUACGAACUUCUGAACCUUACAAUAGAGAGUGUAACUGUCUCGGCUGAUGGUCGACGUGCUAUUGUGGAAGCAACUCUCGAGGAAUCAGCUCGACUAACUGAUUUAGCUCAUCCCGAGCAUGACGACUCGUACAGCACAACGUACACAACACGGUAUGAGAUGUCAUGUGGGAAAUCAGGUUGGAGAAUCAUUGAAGGAGCUGUUCUCAAAUCGUAAUUUUGGUUGUAAAAAAUAUUUUGUGUAAAUGCCAUCAAUUUGCUGGUUUUCUGGAAGAAAGUUUCUGAAUAAGAAUGAAAUUAGAACCUUGACCACUGAAGGAUUAUAAGGUUAUCUCCAAUCCUA